AUGGAUGCCAAAGUAACCUUUUGUUGUGUUCUCCUUUCAUUAUUUUGUCUAUCUUUAGCAGAACAUGUGAACCUUAGAGUGGAAACAGUGACAACCAUUGCUACCACAGAUGAAAAUUUUGUUUGUGCAACUUUAGAUUGGUGGCCUUCUAAUAAGUGUAACUACGAUCAAUGUCCUUGGGUGAACGCAGGUGUUCUCAAUAUGGACUUUGGUAACAAAAUUAUAACAAAUGCCAUCAAGGCAUUCAGUCCCUUGAGAAUCAGAUUAGGAGGUUCAUUGGAAGAUCAAAUUGUUUACCAAUUUGGAAAACAAAAGGAAUGUCCCGUUAUGAAAAAGAAACAUAAUGGUCUCUUUGGUUUCAGUGAAGGAUGUCUUCCCAAAAAGAAAUGGGAUGAAAUGAAUAAUUUUUUCAACAAAACUGACGUGAAAUUCACUUUUGGGUUGAAUGCCUUAAUUGGAAAGAAAAAUUCCCAGACCCACAAGGGUAACUGGGUGGGAAAUUGGGAUCCAACAAAUGCCAUAAGUCUCAUGGAGUACACAAUGUCAAAAGGAUACAAAAUUGAUUCAUAUGAAUUAGGAAAUGAGUUAUGCUCUGGUGGAGUAGGUGCUAGAGUAGAUAGUGUUCAAUAUGCUAAAGACAUCACUAAGCUAAAACGUGCAGUUAAUUUACUAUACCCAAAUGAGAAUACAAGGCCAAAGGUGCUAGGCCCUGGUGGUUUCUAUGAUAAGAAUUGGUUUGAUAGCUUCUUACAGAAUGUUGAACCUGGUGUGGUUGAUGGAAUAACCCAUCACAUUUACAACCUUGGUGCUGGUGAUGAUAAGAAUCUUAUCCACAAGAUUCAAAACCCAUUUUAUUUGAGCAAAGUUGCUCAAACAUUCAAAGAUGUCUCCGUAGCAGUCAAUGAAUACUCACCAUCAGCAGGAGCAUGGGUUGGAGAAUCUGGUGGAUCCUAUAAUAGUGGUGGCAAAGAUGUUUCAAAUACUUUUGUUAAUGGCUUUUGGUACCUAGAUCAGUUGGGAAUGACAUCAACAUUCAACCACAAGGUUUAUUGUAGACAAGCUCUAGUCGGCGGAAAUUAUGCUUUAUUGAACACCACAACAUUGAUUCCUAACCCAGAUUAUUAUGGAGCACUUUUGUGGCAUCGACUUAUGGGAAGUAAAGUACUUUCAGUUUUUCAUGAAGGUUCUCCGUAUUUACGUGCAUAUGCUCAUUGUUCUAAGAAAGGGCCUGGUAUCAGUGUGCUACUUAUAAACAUGUCCAAUUCCACUUCCUUCCAAGUAUCCCUUGACAAUGACAUGAAUCUAUACCCUUCUCUGGAGGCCCUAAAAAGAAAGACACCAAAGAUUAUGAGAGAAGAGUACCAUUUGACACCUAAAGAUGGAAAUCUUCAAAGUGAUGUAGUGCUGUUGAAUGGAAUUCCCCUAAAGUUGACCAAGUCAAAGGAGAUUCCAAAAAUGAAGCCAAAGUUGGUUCAUACAUUUGCUCCAAUAACUGUGAAAUCUGAUUCAAUUGUGUUUGUGCAUAGCAAGAGUUUCGAUGCACCAGCAUGUAGUUAAUCAGCUAGCAGCAAACAAUA